AACAAUCUGAAAUGUUUGUAAUUUAACCAGCAGUUAUCUAAGGUGUCAACUACUCAUUAAAACUACAAGCAGGAGUAUACAUUGCUUAUAUUUAUUACCAAUAAAGAGACUGGUAUAAUGACAUAAUCGAAAUAAUUACACAAAAUAAUACACAAACAGUAAGGAGCACAAGAGUGCAAUCUAGUAGGUUAAAUGAAACAUACCAUAUUUGAGCUGUUUAUACUGACUUAAAAGGACUGAAAACAAGGAACUAUGUUCUCACCAGAAUUCUGUCCAGGACUAAUUGAUUACAUUCUGUUGUGAUUCCUACACUGGUUAAAUGAUUACUUACAUUUUUUUUCAUUUUGAAUUACUUUCAUUGACUUGUUUAGAUGGAUAAAACAUGCCAAAGACCGCAGCAUCACUCAAAGAUACUCAGUUGUUUACAUUUGACUUGCCAAUUUCUCCGGAUGGCGGCGGUAUGGAGCCAUCAGUUCUCUUUUACUUUCACUGGCUGCGAAGAAGAGCGGAACCGCUGUAGUCGGAGAUGUUGCUGUGGAUACGUGAAGUUUACAACUCUCAAAGCUUUAUAAGAUGUCUCCAUCACUGACUGGUGUUUAGAGCAACUUUCCAGCCCAGUCUACAUUCACUAUGCUGCAAGCAGAGACGCUCCAACUGUUGUGCCUCACAGCCUCCAGUGGGGUCCCUCUGUUCUCACGAGGCUCCUCCAAGCAGCUUCCCUUUUCCAUCAUCGGCUCCCUAAAUGGUGUCCAUAUGUUUGGUGCUGGCCACGAGGCUCAGUUAGCAUGCUGUGAGACGGAUCGAGGGAGUCGUGUGGUUUGGGGGGUCUUUCAGGAGAGCCUGAUGCUGAUUGCGGUGAGUGGUGAUGGGGGCUCUUCCAUCAGUGAGUUGCAGUUGCGCCGCCUGCUGGAGAACGUGUGGAACUGCAUGGUCCUGGUCCUGGGACAGGACGAGCUGACAAACAUACGCAACGUGGAGCGGCUAAAACGGGAGUUGCGCUCUUGCUACCGCCUGAUCGACAUGCUCUUGGAACGUGUCAGUGACAAUCAGGGAUUUAUGGGAGAUCUGACACAGUGUGCCGACUGUUUGCUUCCCUCCCACUCCGGCUUGCUUCAGGAAGCCCUAGACUCUUUCACCCAAGCAGCAGAGAGUGAAUUUGGCUGCCUGCUGGUGCACGGUCGUGUGGCACAGGCCACGGAGAAGUGGUGAUCUCGACUGACGUCCCAAGAAGUUGUUGUGCUCUCAGUCUUGGUGCACUCACUUUCUGGUGCAUCUUCAUGUGACUACCCGGUCUUCCUGCCCCAAGGAAGUCCUACCGUCGCCAUUCGCUUGCUCAGUUUCCAACUACUUCCUGGGGCUCACCUGUGCGUCCUCUGUGGCCCCAAACCUUCUUUGCACAAGGCAGAGAAUGAGCUCAUUGGUCGUUUUUGGUCCACUUUUGUGGAGAACCUGCGUAGCUGUUUGGAGCAUGCUGAACGUUCCAGUCUUCCCUCAUCUGUUAGCCUUCGCUGGGACAUCCAGGCUCUUCUGCUCAUCAACCGUGAAUCUCGACGUGCCGUCACUGUCUGCCCUCGUGUUCGCAGUGGCGCUCCCUCAGAGGCUACGCCUCUCCUCUCGUCGGGCAGGCGUUUGGAGCUCCUCCGCCUCUUUUAUACAUUUGCAGUGACUAGAUAUUUUACCUCUCAGGAGACAUCAGUUUCGUCAGCCUCGGAGGAUUUCUCUCAGGGCUUUACCCACGUCCCUGUGCAGUGUUACCUUGUCACUGAUGAGUGUAAGUGUUAUGGCCUGCAGAGUUCUCAACACCAGCUCUUCGUCCUCAUGGAUCUCUCUGUGCCCACGUUUGCCUUGCGUUCUGUGGCUACACAGACUCUCUCAGCGAUUACUGCUGCAACUGGUUUUUAGGGCAUUUGUUUGGACAUGUAUGGGUUACUUAAAGGGUUAGUUCACCCAAAAAUGAAAAUUCUGUCAUUAAUUA